AGCGCGCGCAAGCGCGCGUGCCGGCGGGGCGCCGUCGGCGGGCGGCCCGGCCCCCCCCGCGCAUGCGGCGCCCGCGGGCGGACCCGCCGCCAUGGCGGACGACAAGCCCAGGUGCCACCUGCACCCGAAGCCGAAGAAGUCGUGCAAGAUCCGAGAGCGCAUCUACGGGGACGCCCUGCACGUAGACCCGGCCGCGAAGGCGGCCGAGAAGGCGGCGGCCGCCAGGGCCGCCCUGGCGAAGGCCAGCUCCAGCAGCAAGCCCACCUUCAGCUGCAGUCCGCUGCUGAAGUCCCAGAUCAUCGAAUCGAGCUACUACAGGAGCCUGCUGAACAUAGAAAGCCUGGAGGUGCUCGCCGAGGAGAUGCAGGUCUACGCCGACAGCCUUGAGGUCUACCAGGCCGGCAGCACGACGUCUCCGUCCGUGUUCUUCUGCUGCGUGUACCGCCUCUUUACCCUGGACCAUCUCGGCGAGGAGAUGCAAACCCUCCUGGACCACGCCGAGUCGCCCGUAUCCCGGUGCGCUGGCCUGCUGUACGCGCGCUUCGUGGUGAAGCCGGAGCAGCUGUGGGAUCAGCUGGAGGAGUUCAUCCUGGACGAGAUGGACCUGGGGGCGCUCAAGUCGGGGCAGCAGGGCACGCCCAACACGAUCGGGGAGUACGUGGAGCAUCUGCUCAUGAAGGACAAGUACUACGGGACCCCCCUGCCGCGGCUGCCGGUGCUCGUCCGGCGGCAGUUGGAGGAGCGAGUCGCCCCGCUGCCGCAGUACCGCAAG